CUUAAAGAGAGAAACUCCUAGCUGUCAUAGAGACUGGCUGGACCAGCAAAGAUGACAGCCUGAGCGGAUUGAUUCUUGGCUCGGGCACCCUCCCAGCACCAUGCGAGAAAGUCGCUGAGAGGCAACCCGGCACACUGCAGAGAAUCACCUUCUCUUUCCUGGCCAAGCUGGUCCCAAGUGCCAGGAAGAUGGAACCAAACCUGCUGAUGUGGGGAUUAUUCAUAUUCAUCAUGGUACCCGGCAGCGUGACAGAGUUUUGCGAUAAUGAACCACUAGAGAUCCGUUUUGCCACCUUCAAAGCCUUGGCCUACGUGAAUGGCACCAUGUUAACCUGUGAAUGCAAGAGAGGAUUCCGCAGAAUACAAAACGGGUCUCCCUACAUGCUUUGUACAGGAAACUCUUCCUGGGAAAACAAGUGCCAGUGUGUAAGCUCUUACCCUGGGAACACAGGGAAACAAGUUACUCCUCAACCUGAAGAACAGAAAGAAGGGAAAAACACAGAAAUGCAAAGCCAAUUUCAGCCUGUGGACCAAGUGAACCUUCCAGGUCAAUGCAGAGAGCCCCCUGCGUGGGAACAUGAAGACACAAAGAGAACUUAUCAUUUCAUGGUGGGGCAGGCACUUUACUACCAGUGCAUCCAGGGGUACAAGGCCCUACGGAGUGGCCCUUUCAAAAGCGUCUGCAAAAUGAUCGGUGGAAAGACGAGGUGGACCCAACCCCAUCUCACGUGCCUGGAUGAAAACGAGCCCCAUCCGUUUUCAGGUGAAGUGGACACUCAAGCAAGCACAGAUGCUCUUCCUGAGAGUGAGGCUUCCCACACCAUCACCACAACAGAUUUCCAACAACACUCAGAAGUAGCGACAACCAUGGAGACGUUCAUAUUUACAAUGGAGUACCAGAUAGUAGUGGCCGGCUGUGUUUUCCUGUUGAUCAGCAUCCUCUUUCUGAGUGGACUCACCUGGCAGCGGAGAUGGAAGAAGAGUAGAAGAACCAUCUAGAAAACCCUCAGUGGCGAGAAGCCAAGAACAGCCAACGGAAGUCAUGAGGCAGAAGCAAAGUCAGAGAGGUUAAAUGCUCACUCGGCAGGCAUCUCUCGCACCCCUUGGCUUUUGGGAAGCUCUGGGUUCACAUCACAGAACAUCAGGCAGCUGCCGUCGCAUCACCAAGCCAAUCUACACCAUCAAAGGGGGAGACCUGCCCACUUCUAUCCAGAAUUUCCAAAGUCUUUAAAGGGAAAAGGAACUCUCUGGCUUAUUUUCCCGGACAUGGGUUGAUUAAAGCUAGAACAGUAUGGAAUGUUCUCCAUACACAUAUGAUACAAAGUAACUUUGUGUCAACUUCAUCCCAACUUCCCAGUUUGAAAUCCCAGGUGAAGCCUUAGCACUAAUGUGAGUAGUCUCCCUCCUGUGCCACCCCGUGUGCCUGGAUCUUAACAUGUGGAUCCUUUCCCAGCCUCGGGUCGGCUAGCCCAUUAUGUUCACUUUGCUUACUAAACAGCCUUUAAGAACUCUAGGCUGCUGACUAGCACACUGUAUGAGCCUAGCUCAAUCCUAUAAGGUGAACCCCUUCUCCUGAGGCUUUGGAUUUGAAUCUCUAAAGAACAAAAGCUAUGGCAGAAUAAUUUUUGGAUAAUAACAAAACAGGGCAGCUAAACCCUUGGAAUUGUGAAGCUUCAAUAUUGGAGAGGAUUUGAGAGAAUUUCAAAAAUUGAAUGUCAGUGUCAGGAACAGAAGGGUAAACUAUGUCCCAGAUAAUGGAUUAUAAUUACCAAAAUGCUUCACUUGUACCCUUCUAAUGGGCUUAAGAGUCAGUUCCUUUGGGAUUGCUAUAAAUUAUACUCAGAACUUGGCCUACACUAAUUUGAAGUUUACUGGUAGACACACAAUGUACAAAUGUGUAUAUUUCCUAAUACAUAUUAUAAAAACACUGAAAAGGAUCAGCACAUUCAAUGUUCAUGGAAGGAAGGAAAGAAAGAAGAAGGAAUGAAGGGGGGAGAUGAUACUGAUAAAAUUUUACUAUGGAUAAGGUGUCCCUCUGGUCCUCAAAUGUUACCAAAAAGCUCAGCAAAUCACAAGGCUUGGAGGCCCUCUUAAAAUAGAUUGCUGGGUUGACUUCUGGAGUUGCUGUCAGUAGAUCUGGGAUUUACAUUUCUAUCAAGUUCCCAGGUGAUUCUAAUGGUGCUGGUCCAAGGACUACACUCUGAGAACCACUGUGUACUCCCUGUGCCCCACCCCCACCCUCAGCUGCUACUGAAAACAUCAGCUUCAGGUGCUAAGGCCUCAGUGAAAGUUCCUGUUCAGCCUCAUGUGAGAUACGUCUUCAAACCAGUUGGCUGGUUUGAACACCAUGUGACUUUAUGGGAUUUGCAAAAAGUUUGAACUAUCAACCAGUUUUCAUUUCUGGAAGGCAGAAGAAUGAUAUGGUUUGGCAGGACAUGGUGGUGCAUGUUGGUAAUCCCAGCAACUGGGAAGGCUGAGGCAGGAGGAUCGAAAGCUCGAGGCCAGUCCCAGCAACUUAGUGAGGCCCUGUCUCAAAAUAAAAAAUAAAAAAUAAACUGAGUUCAGUGGUGAAGCACCCCUGGGUUCAAUCCAUAGUACCAAAAAAUAAAUCAAUAACAAAAUAAGAAUGGACAGAUUUCAGCAGGAUCUAGAUUCAGAUUAAAGAACUACUUUCUAUUCUUUCUGUACAUUCCUUCAUUCAUUCCUUCAUUCAUGCCAAGUACAAAGUAGACUUUCUUGUCCAUCCUCCCUUCUUUCCCAAAUUUGUGUUUUCUGGGUAAACUAAAUUUGAGAGGCAUCUCUCAGACCAGAAUUUUUUAAAAAAAAAUUUUUUUUAAAAUUCUUCCUCAAGUAAAAUUGACUUGUAUUAUCUUUACUCGUUUUGGGAAAGAGGGAGCUAUGAUAUCAAUGUUUCUUUCUUAUCCGUCUAAGAUGUUAUUUACCUAUUUUUCUCUCCCUCGCUCAUGACAAUAGAAAUAACAAAUUUGAAAUAAGAAAAUGGUUUAUCCUGAGCCAACACGAGCCCUGGGAACACAAACUCAUGUUAACGAUGCGAGUUCCCAAAGCAUAUGGUUCACCAAGGACAUGGCCCUCCCGUGGAAAGAGAUCACACAAGUAUUUUAUAGUGCCUAUAAAGUAGGUGGGGCCCUCAGGCAAGCUAUAAAACGGUAGGGAAAUCUUCCAGUUUUCAGUAAAGCAUGGGAAUUUCCUAUAGGAGCCAAGUACCAUCUCAUCCUCAGUCUGAAAAUUUAACAGAGGUCCAUGAAGCUUAGCAGACAUUUAUCUGGUGGUCACAAAAAUGCUAGGUUGGGUACAGAGGCCAGUGACGAAUAGCUGGAAAAGGAGCCCAAUUAAAUCGUCCGAUACAGCUUAAGCCUCUUAAUUUACGACAUUUCAUCUCUCCACAAGGUCACAACACUCCAGUGAGUGAAAUUUAAACCAUCUGGAAGCUCUUAAAUACAAACAUGGCCUCUUUGAGGACUCUUCAGCUCACGCUCAGAAGUAGUGGAACUUUCCAGAAGCUACAUGCCAUGUGAUGAGUUCCUAUCAUGAGUUCAUUUCUGUUGUUUAUGAAAGAAUUAAUAAACAGUGUUUUAAAUUUUU